CCUGCCGCUAUAUCCGCAAGCCAGCACAAGCAAUCAAUCCCCAUCCAUUCGUCCGUAGCAACCAUCAUACAUCAGAGCUUCAGCUGCGUGACAGCAAGAGCCGUCUCAGCUCUCAGGAACCCCUGCACGUCAUCAGGGGCGCUCAACGGCAUCUUCUUAACAGCGUGCUGAAUCAACACGUCCCCCCCACCCCCGCCCUUCCUCACUCCUUCAGGCACAGUCACCGGACCCCUUUUGAUGCCCUGAAGAGACACCGCCUUCGCGUCGACAGAGAACCGCCUCCCAGCUGUGGCAGUGAGCUGGUUCACACCGAUGGGCACUGCAGAAAGCGUGGUCUCACGUUCCGGUGGGCCCUUUUCCGGCUGCUCUUCUUGCUGGCUGGAGGGGGGCCGCCAGUCAAGCGCGGUGCCAUGCGGCUUGAUGACAACGCCGCUGGCCGACUUGUAUGUCUUUGAUGGGGGUGCGCGGAUGGUUGUCACUGCGAGAUGCGACCCAAGUAGGGACGCCUUUCUCGGAUGGUGGGAUGUGGCUGCUGCUGCUGCUGCUGCCUGUGUUGGCUCAGAGAGGGAUGUUAGCAUGCCAUCAAGACGGAGGGCCUGACAAUAAGACAGGGAUAGGCAGGCCGUCAUGAAAGAAGGUGCCGUGUCUCUGCUACUGUCUUGCGAGUUCGUGGCUCGCGUGAUUGGAUGGCUGACCUUCUGUGCAAUCUGCUGAGCCUCCUCCAUCUCGCCCGUCUGUUGGGCCCUGUCAACUUCCUGCGACACAGGAGACGUUAAAGACACGACGUCCAAUGAUGUCUUGUUGCUCUCGUCUGUUCUCCUGACUUUGUACAGAGCUGCAAUGCGCUUCUUCAGGACUCUAGGCUUCAGAGGCCGCCACGGAACAGCAAGAAUGUGGUCAAUCACCUGGAGACACAUGCGAGAUGCCUCAGUACGUAUCCGUCUCGGUGUCAUCCAUUAGUGAAUACUCACCUCGGCUGCAUCAAUCGUCGUGUCUUCCUCACCCUCCCUUUCCGCGUCAACCGACACGGACACGGCGGCACUCGCAUCAGGCGCCUUACCCCUGCACAACGGGUCGGUCCCCAGCUCGGCGGCCAGUGCCUUGACGUCAUCCACCGUGACCUCACUCUUGUCCCUCCAUUGCUCCUUCAUCCAAGCCCUCACUUCCACCUGCUCCCAAAUGGAUAGGAGCUUGUCACAAGUGAUGGACGCCUUUGCCCUUUUCUCUUCCACAACGCGAUUGACAGGUGCACUCCGCUCUUCAGGAGUCUCUGCUUCGCCGAGCUCGCUGAGUGUGUCCGCCAUGCCCACCGUCUUCUUGAGUCGCUUUUCCUCCAGUGCCCGCCACUUAUCGUGAAUCUUCUUGGCUUCCUGAAAGCACUCCCUCUCAAUAGUGGACAUCUUCGAGAAGCCAUAGGCUGAAAGGCGCCUGUAGACUGGCGGGCGGCUUUGAUGUGAUGGAGGCGGGGGAACCGUUGCGCGAGUGGUCGGCUGCAGUGGUGCUGAAGGCGCUGCUGUCUUCUUGGCUGAGUCAAGGAACGGCACGAUCUGCGCAGCUCUGAUUCGCUCGAUGGCCGUGACCUCAUGUCUGUCGAGGACCUGCAAUUGAGGCAGAUGGUAGAUGACUCUAAGCCUGUAGUCGGGCUCCUCCGCCACAGGAUUUCCAAAGAGGUCAAGCUUCUUGAGGAACCGAAAGGCCUUCAGCACAGAUAGGAGCCGCUCAAGGUUGCGGAGGCAGUUGUUCGACGCUGAGAACACCUCCAGAAACCUGAAAAGAAGAAGAGAAAUCGAAUUCUGCACUGUAUACGUCCUCGUCUUCCUCACUUGAAGCGACGCAGAGAAGAAUUCUGAAGAGUUACGAGUCGGUUGUUCUCCACAUAGACCUGCACACACAGCAGAGUCGGACACGUAACACCAUUGGGUGUGUGUGAAUGAGUGGCAGUGGUACUGGCGUACCUCUUUGACUCUGAAGUUGCCAUCCAGGUUGUUGAGGUGGGUAAGUUGGUUGUCCGACAGCCAAAGGACGGCGACAUUUGGGAACUUCUUGAAGUCCUCGCUGAGCACGUGUCCCUGCCUGCCCGCGAGGUAGACAUUUUCGCAUUUCUUGGCUGCUUCGCCCGUCUUCAGGGACACACAUUGCCAUGGGUCAAGCACCUUCAUCGUCGCUCAGAG